GAUGAAUUUGAAAAAAGAACCUUAAUAAUCUUCUCAGGCUUUGCUUACUUACUGUUUCGACAGGCAUUUUCCAGCUUUGAAAUAAGACGUUUGUUCCUUAAAUUCUCCCGAAGUUUGUUUCUUCACUCUGAUUAUCAAGGUUGUCGUACUAUAAACAAUGCGAAGUUCUAACUGAGAUUAGAAUGUACCGGUGUCUUUCCGGUAGAGCAUCGUCACUCAUUCUGUUUGUCCUGAACGGACUUUCCAUACUGUUUGGGGUUGCUUUAAUAUCCCUUGGGAUUGUAUGUGUCGUUGACCAUGGAAAUAUGUCUGAAGUUGUUGGAACCUCACUCUAUUCGUCUGGAGUGUACAUAGUCAUCUUCUUAGGACUUGUUAUUACAAUCGUAGCUCUAUGUGGUUACAUCGCAGCUGAUAGAGAAAAUAUCUGCCUGAUUGUGUCAUAUAUAUUCAUUUUAUGCUUACUCGCAUUACUCUUGUUGAUAUCAGGAAUAAUAGUUUUGUCCUUUAAAAGUUCACUUGGUGAAUCGGCUAGAAGUGUGAUGGUAGAUUCGUUAAGGAAUCACUAUGGACGAUAUGGGAUUAUAACUGAUGCAUGGGACUUGGUACAGAGGCACCUACGUUGCUGUGGAGUGGAUAACAUUGGAUGGGGUGUGUAUAACGGAUCGUGGUGGGACAUGAUUGUAAACUCGGAUUUAUACGAAACGAACACUAAAUUGUCAGAAUCAAGUUUGUUUUACUUGUUUGUCCCAGAAUCUUGUUGUGUCAAGAAACUUGAUGGGUUGACUGGUUGGCCAACUGAAGUAUACCGGGAUAGGAGACGCUGCCAGACGUGGCAGUACGGACCACCGAAUAAAAGCAGUGGACCUCACAACGACGCUAUUUACUAUGCAGGAUGCUUUGAAAGUUUGAAAAGUUAUAUCAAUAAUUAUGCUAAGGCUGUUGGCCUCUUGGCACUGAUCGCGUGCAUUAUCUUGAAAAUAAACUCUUCGGUUAUCGUUGAAGUCUUUUGCAUUCGACAAAUGGCGGAUUUCACCUGUUAGCUCAUUGGUCGGACAUAGUCUUUGUGUUCACAAUACCACAACUUACUAAUAUUUUCUAAAUGUACUGUCUCAUUUCUUUGAAAUCACCAAACAUAAACCUUGAUACAUUUCACCGGGAAUGUCGAAAGCAAUCAAAGUCUACCCCAAUUCUUGUACUUUUAUUAAGUAAUUCUAAACACAUAAGUUUGGUUCUAAUAGGUAAAUUGCUGUUGUAACCGAAUUAAUUUUUACUUUUUCUCAACUAACAAACUCCCAUCUCGUAAUAUUUGAAGUGCCACAGAAAAUUACACUAGUUGCAACCAAACAAGUAAACAUUUCUGUACUUAGCUCAGAGCACAGUUUAUGAAUUGACGUUAUUAGUACUACCCAGAUUCUAAGUUCUUAAACGCUGAUUGAAUCAAAAUAAGUCAAAUGUAGUAAUCGUCAGGUUUCUUAUGAAUGGUUUGUGACUAUUAAAGUCACGGACAUCGAUGACCAAAAUCUAUUCAACAAAAAAUUAUGACUGAGAUGGAAGGUUGUUAUAAUCUGAAAAACUAGUAUUUACAUAAACAUGCAUAUAUCAUAUUAUAUAAAUGUAUUGAACUGAUUUCGACUAAAUUCACAUUAUAACCGAUCUGCAAAAUAACAUAUUUCUUAAUCGAUAUAAUAACUGGUAAGAUUUGAUGUGCAGAAAAGUCUAAGAUCAAACGUCUGUAUGACCACAAUCACUUUUAACAAAAUUUGGAAAAAUGGUUAUACCGGGCUAUUUUUCAGUCUAAACGUUCUAUCACUUUACGAACUUAUUUGAUUGUAAGUGAAUGGUAAUCGCAUGAAACAAAACAUUUCAAAAGGCUCUAAGAAUGGGACUAGCACACUUUAGAGUCGUUAUUUGUUGUUAGUUCCAUAGUACUUUAGUUUACGGACAAGCAAAGGUGCUUGGAUGUUAGAUGGAAAUUUGUAACUCAUACGUGAAGGAGUCCUAGUAACUCAUUUCUAUCUAAAGUUUGUGCUGGUGGUGUUAAUUGGAAAGAUAGUGAGAGCUUCACAAAGAACCACUCAGUUCAUAGAGCGGAAAUUGCUUGGUUAUACCCUUUGAUUUAAAUUGAUAUGUGACAGCGAUUUUAGGUUAAACAGGUUGUCUCUGAGCAAAUAAAUUAUUCUAUUGAAACUGACUUUGUGGCGUAGAUAUUACCUCCGUGUGUCAUCCUUUUGUCAAUCUAUAUUAUUUUGUACUAAUUCAAUAAUAAUGUAGUAGUUUUUGGCGUUGCUUACGACCUACCAUCUUAGAUACGGUUUUCGCAACCAAUGUAUAUAAUAAAAAUUUCUGAUUGAAUUCUAAAAUCCAGAUAAGCGCUUUGAUCUGUGCAUUAUUUUUGUUCCGUGAUGCUAAACUCAAUGCUCAAAGAAAACAAAGAACAAAAAACUGGAGGAAUCAGACACAAUAUAAGUAGAUCAAUUAUAUGGUUGACUGGAAUACGUUGAAGCAACAGUGAAGCUGUGAUUAUAUAUUACUGGGAAGGAUACUAAUCAUAUAUAAUUUAUUUUAUUACUAAAAAGUAAAGUAUAUUUAUUUUCUAACAAUUACCCUUUUUAUCUAUUAUAUCUUCCAAAAAUUAACCUCUGAAAAUUUGUGAGAACUCCACUUGGUUCAAUGAGACCAUAAUAUAAAACAAGGGAAGGAGAUGAACUUUUGUCCAUUUAUCAGGACUGGGGUAUGGAGAUUGUAGUAAUUUUACUAGUUGAAUUCAUGAGUCGAUCUAAGCUAUACCACCAUUGAAAACUUGGUAGCACUGGACGGCCACUUUUUCCUGGCAGUGCACAUCUAUUAUCUUGCAUGAGGGACUAGAACCCACGACCUUCGAUCUCGCGUGCGAACAAUUAACCUUCAGACCACUGAGCCGGAAGCCAAUGACGUUAGUGUCUAGCUUCAAUCGAUCUAUGAUCGUGGGCAGUCAUCCAUCCACUAUAAAUUUAGCUAAAACUAGAAAUGAUUCCGUUUAAAAUAACACUUCGUAAAGUUCAUAAGACAUCUUUGAAAGCGGUUCGACUGCAGUAAAGUGUGUCGCAAGCUUUAAGAUGUCCGGAUCCAUAAUGAUGUUAUAAAUCCUGAGGAAAAAG